AUGCGCAACAGUGGUGCAACGUGGUUUACAGACAGCAGUGUUUACCAGGCGGUCGGCACAGAGCGUAUGCGGGCAAAUCAGGCACAAAUCCAUGGUUCGCGGUGGUGCGGAUGCCUUUACGACUCGUCGCACGAUGAGAUGGCACGAUGGGAGCGGGAGAGCCAUAGGACGCUAGUGGGGUCAGCCUCGUUAGCGUCCGCUACGGCCGCUUUAUUCCGUAGCCAAAGCCACCACACAAAACUCCGCGUCGUUUCCGUCUCCCUCUUUUCUCCUAACGCCUUGGAGAAGACGCCACAAUAUUGCUUCUGCUGUCCAUUCCAUCUUCCGGCAUCCCCAAGCGAACCUCACCUUGUCAAGUCUAUCCGCGUAUAG